AGUGAAAAAAGAACCUAUCGAUGUGUCACAUGUUGAAAAUAAUUACAAUGUUAAUGACCAGACACCCGAUGUUAAAACUAUUCAAUUUUCUAAGUUUCUGCGUGAAAACCCUAGCCAUACGCUUCGAGAAAAUGACGAAAAUUAUGAACUUUAUAAUGAAAUAAAAAUAGAAUUCGAAUUUGAAGACAUGAAGCCUGGCAUGAAUUUACUAGCAGUCGAGAAAAUUGAGAAUAAUUCUAGAAAUCACUCGCAAGAUAUGAAAUUCAGCAGCAAUUAUGAAAGUCAAAACAACGUAAAAAUAGAAACUGUGAACGAAGUGAAAAAAGAAUUGAAUUUGAAUUCUAACAAUGAACUCAUACAAGAAAAUUAUGUACCUGAAAAAGCGUUCACUCGCAAAAUCAACAACGCACUGAGAUCGCGAAUAUCGAACGACGGAAGUUACGCGGACGAGGGCGAGUAUCCGUAUCACGGGGCGCUGAUGCGCUCCGGCGCCUACUGGUGCGGCGCCAGUCUCGUGUCCGCCCGGCACGUCCUCACGGCCGCUCACUGCGUCAAGGAUCUGGUCGACGUCGGCUGGCCCGGGGGCGCGAAGCCGCGAGUCAAGCUUGGCUCGACGAGCCUCGAAACCAGUCGGGUCCACGAGGUCUCGAGGAUAUCUUAUCAUCGGGAUUACGACCCCGUUUGGCUGCUCGCCGACAUCGCCGUCGUCACGCUGAGCGAGCCGGUCGUUUUCUCUCGUCGCGUGAGACCCAUCGACUUGCCCAAGCCUUUCGAAGAGCUUCCGCCCGGCCGGAGACUGAUUGUCACCGGCUACGGGCGCGACGAUCGCUCGCGGGCACGAUCCGUCCGAUUGAAGCCGCUCGCGACGCGUCUCAUCGGUAACGAGCAGUGCUCCAAGGACUGGUUCGUGACGCCCAGUAAGCUCUGCACCCUCAGAGGACCCAAUAACUACGGCACUUGCACCGGCGACAGCGGCGGACCCUUGGCGAGCUCGGACAAGCGAGUGAUCUACGGCGUGGUGUCCUCGGGGGCGGCUUGCCCGACCGCUCAGCCCGACGUCUACACCAAGGUGUCGCAUUUCGUGGCCUACGUCGAGCGAGAAUCGAGCUACUUCGGCAAUCGCCCAUCCGCGCCCGGGCCGCAUCCAGCCAGAUUAUUCCUGGCCAAUGAAAAGAAAAUAAGUAAUGUACCUGACACCAACAGCACAUUAGAUUUGAAUGCAGCAUCCAUUAUAGCAUGUCAAACAACAGAAUUCGGAUUGUCCAAGUUUGAAGAACUCAUGGGAAUUUGCAAAGUUCAAGUUCAAAAUUAUGCAUUAUGGCGUAAUGAAAAAAGCAGGAAUUAA